AGAUCUCCGCAGAGCAGCCCUGCGGCUGCCCCUGCUCCGACCCCGCUGCGACCCCGGCCCCGGCCCCGACCCCGGCCCCGGCCCCGGCCCCGGCCCCGCCCCCGCCCCCGCCCCCGCCCUCUCCCGGAGGGGCCCAAGUUCCGACCCGGAAGCCUCUUCGCGGAGGGAUCCGUUCCCCAGACUCGCGCCCCCGGCCCCGCCCUUGUUGCCUAGGCGACGAAGGGCCGCGGCCCCGGGGCGAGAUCCUGAGGAUGUCCGUGGGGACCACUCACGGGGGAACGACACCCGCGGCGACGACCCCGGCGGGAACCACACCCGAUUGGGAGAGAGAUGCUGAAUUCCAGGAGCAUGAAAAGAUUCUGUCUCCAGAUUUUCUUUCAGUUGCUCAAAUCACUGAAAUGCUAGCAGAGGACGUAGAUGGAGUUCAACAAAAACUGAAAAAUUUUUUGAAUUUCAAAAACCUUCACACCUGUUUAAAGGAAGCCAUUCUACUGGAUUAUUAUGUAUCUGGAUUUUUGUGGGCUAGAGGAAUGGAAUUUUCUGUUAUUCAAUAUUCAAAAUUUAUGACUUUACUAGAUAUGUUACUUCAUAAUCUUAGAACACUGCAUAUGUCCUUGGAAGACAGCAUAAAAUGGCUUGGAGAAGUUAUGGCUGAAAUAGGACCAUCCCAUUCACAGAAAAAUGAGGAAUGGAAUGUCUUUAAUAUAAAACAAGCCAAUGCUGUCAUCGAUUACUUAAAAAUCAGCUUAUUUCAACACUACAAGCUAUAUGAGUUUCUAUUCUACUCUACCAGGGAAGAAAUUGUGAUAGGAACUGAGCAAGUGUUAGAGGUUGUCAAGGCUUCACGUGGUCUCUUUCCGGAUCCUCUAGAAGAAGGAAUCUCAUUUGAUAUUUAUUCAACAUUCAUAGAGCCACCUCCAACAUUGGAUACAGAAAUGAAGGGAUUGGAUCAAGAACAAGGCCCUGAGGAAUCCCAGUCAGAAGCCAACACUUCCGACGUGGAUCCUUUAGUGGGUUUCACCAUCAAAGAUAUAAAAGCAGUUCUGGAUCAAGUCACAGAUGAUAUUUUAAUUGGCAUUCAGACCGCGAUAAACGAAAAGCUGCAAAUACAGGAAGAGGCCUUUAAUGCACGAAUAGAAAAAUUGAAAAAGGCCUGAGGACUCAGUACAAGGAGAGUGAUGCUAAACUUCACAGAACCAAACACAACCAGCCAGAAUAGUAGACUCUCCAGAGCAGCAUAUCUCCUUCAUUUCGUUGGGAGAGGAAAACCAAGCCUCACAUUUUAUUAUCCUAACUAAUUAGAAAAGUAUUGGCCCCCAUUUUGCUAUCUCCUGUCCCGUAACAGCCUCCAAAUUUAUGGCACUAAGUGUAAUAAGAACAUUUUGUACACAAGAGUUUGGAGAAUUAUAUAUAAAAAUACAAUUACUUUUACGAUACCCCUUUGACAUUUUGACUAAUAAAUGCUAUUCAUCUUCAGGGAGAGUGAAGCCAACAUUUUUAAAUAAGGAAAAAUAAUAAUAAUUUUAUCCAUAUUGACCCAGUGAGCUGCCAUAUUACUGGAGCCCUGUGAACAGAUACCACACUGCCAAGGAUAAAACUUGCUAACAAUAGCAAUUAAAAUGCAUACACUAUGGUUCCCCCCCCCCCUUAAAUCACUUGGUUUUCUUAUUUAAAUGUUUCAGUGUGAAACUAAUUUUCUGAAAUUAUAUAAUGCAGUUUGAAGCACUUUAAUUUAUUCUGUACUGCAUUUGUUAUUUCUAAUCUUGUUACUCUCCCAGGAGAAUACAUGACCUAUAUAAAAAGAAGCAAUGUAUAAAUGGUUAUUAAAGACCAACCUAUAUAUAGAUUGUAAAAAUCUUAAGUACAAAUCAAACUCACAGAGCUCUUCAAAUUAACCAUUAUAUUGCAGUAGAAUGAUUGAAAACAUCUCAAGCCUUUAAAUACCUUUAUUAAAAUAUGAUUUUAGAAGAAAAAUAUCUAUUUGCCAACUGAUUGUUUCAGGUUGGAUAAAUUAAAUUAAUUACUAGCUAAGUCCUUUCCAAAUUUCUUAACUUCAGAGUAUUUGAGAAUGGAGAGCAUUACUAGGAAGGGGAGAGUUCCUUCCAGAAGUUUCCAGUUUAGGAGUGCCUGAGUGGCUCAGUCGGUUAAGCGUCUGCCUUCGGCUCAGGUCAUGAUCUCAGAGUCCUGAGAUGGAGUCCCACAUCAGGCUCCCUUCUUAGACUGCUUCUCCCUCACCUUCUGCCUGCUGUUCCCCCUGCUUAUACUCUCUCUCUCUCUCUUUAUCUCUCUGAUAAAUAAAUAAAUAAAAUCCUUUUCUUUUUAAUUUGAGUUGAUAAAGGAAUAUACACACUCAGUUAAAGACAACAACAAAGUGUAGACAAUGAAAAAUAAAUUUCACCGAAGCUGGGUACCCCCAUUUCUCUCCCCAUGAGGCAACCAUGGCUUCCAGUAAAUUCUUUUUUUUUAAGAUUUUAUUUAUUUAUUUGACAGAGAGAGAAAGAGAGCAUAAGAGGGGGAGCUGCAGAGGGAGAGGGAGAAGCAGACUCCCCACUGAGCAGGGACCCCAAUGCAGGGCUCGAUCCCAGGACCCUAGGAUCAUGACCUGAGCUGAAGGCAGCCAUUCAACUGAGUGAGUCACCCAGGCACCCCCCAGUAAAUUCUUGGAGAAGUAUUUUUUAUCCAUUUAAAUAAUUGGAUGCUUGUAUAGAGUGAUCUUUUUAUUUUUAACAUAAUUUGCAUUGUUCUUUACAUUGCUCCUUUCAUCAAAUAUUUUGGAGAUAAUUCCCUAUCAAUGCAUUUUAACGACCAUACAGUAUUUCAUUUUAUCAAUUCCAUAACUUUUUUAACUAGUCCUAUUGAUGAACUUUUUAUUGCUUCCAGUAAUUUACUAUCACAACGCUACAUUGCCCUUUUUAUGAACAUGUAUGAUUAUACCUGUAGGAUGAAUUCCUAGGAAGGGAAAUUUCUAGGUCAAAUUUAGUGCCUUUCAAAGAUAUUUCACCAACAGUGAAAUGAGAAUACCUAUCUCUCUUUACAUUGUUACCAACAAGCACUGGCCAACUUUUUAUCUUUGGUAUUCUGAUAAGAAGAACAUAAUGUCACACUGUUGUGUUAAUUUGCUUUUAUCUUCUUACUCCACACAGAUUGAGCAAUGUUUAUAUGUUUAUAAACAAAUGCGUGUGUGUGUGUGUGUGUGUGUGUGUGUGUGUGGUUAAUCCUCCUAAUAACCUUAAGGCAGAGAAAGAUAGGUAUUAUUAGCCUCAUGUAUGAUUGUACCUGUUAUGGAGCCUGAAGCUUAGAGAAAUUAUUAACUUGAACCAAGUUGCACAAUUAGUAAUUGAUGGAUCAGGGCUUUAAACCCAGGUCUGACCUAUUUUAUAGAUGAGGAAACUGGAACACAGAAAAAUUUUAGGUACUUUUCCCAUGAUCGCACAGCCAGUAAGUGGUAGAAACAGGUUUUGAACUGAGGUAUCUAUGAUCAUAAAACCCACAUUCUUCACCUUUAUCUUCACUGAGCUAUCUCAUUGUCAAUAUGAAACAAAGUGAAAACUGGUCUUUCUUUUUUGUUAUUGGUUAUAAUAAAGGAACACACUAUUGUUAGCAUAUUAAGUAUUCAGAAAAGUUAUGCAAGAAAGGAAAGUAUAACUCUGCUCCUUUCAUUCAUUCAUUUAUUCAUUAUCCAGUAUAUAGCAUUGAGUACCUACUAUGUACCAGGGCACUGAGUAGGGAGCCAAACAGACAUGGUCUCUGUCCUAAUGAUCUAGUAGGGGAAAUAGUUAAUACUAACUGUGAUAAGGACAAGCUUUGAGGAAUUAUGAGAGUAUUGAACAAAGAAGUCUGGGAGGUCACGACAUGUCCCACUGGUUUUGACAUUUGGGCUAGGAACCGAGGGGUACCUAGAAUUAACUAGACAGAAGAAGGUGAAGGAAGAGGAAAUUCAGACAGUGCAAAGUCCCUGGGACACAAGGAGAGGCUGAACAAUUUAGACACAGUCAAAGCUUUCGCAGGGUCCCAUAGACCACAUUACAGAAUUUCAUUUUUAAGCUAAUAGCAAUGGAAACUUGUUGAUAAAUUUUAAAUAGCAAUUGACAUCAGAUUCAUAUUUUUUAAAAUGUCAUCUCCCUGGUGCUAGGCCUUCUAUCCAUGGAGACAAGGAAAAUAGUAUUUUCAUAAAAGGGUUCCUACUGCUAAUGAUGCUAAGCUCGACUUCUUAGCAAUUCCUACGAGUGAGAGAAAUAAAGAAAAAUUUUGACUUUUUGAAGUCACAAGGUUCACCUACUCGAAGCAGUCUUUGACACAGAGGCAGCCUUCUGAAGAGCCAAUUAAAAACCAAUACCAACCUAUUACUUAGACAAGCAGCAAUCUUUCUCUUGCAUCCACAGUAAGAUAUCAUUCUUCCAUCUGCAGGAAUAAUUUGGGGCACUUUUUUCCUCACCUCCAUGAUAAGUUUCAAAGGGAAAAUAUAUUCAUUAUGUUAUGAACAAGCCACAGACUGCCACAAUUUCAGGUAUUUGUAGGCACUGUUGAGCCUAAAUAUAGCUGUGGAGUCAUUUUUCCAAAAUCCGAAUAUAAAGCCCCUAUUUCUAUCCUCCAUUUGAUUGGAACCAUUCAACCAUCCUGGUAGAUAAUAAGUUUGCAUGUUCUUAGAUUGCAUUUCAUUAUGCUUCAGUUGCCCUAGAGAAUAAACGUGCUCCUUUUCCCAACAAUUGUAGAGGAGAAAUACUUCUGACAUCUCAAAUUUCAGAGAGCCUCAGGAAGACGUCCCUCUUCUGGACAUCAAAGUCUUUUUUUUUUUUCCUGGACAUUGAUUUGUUAAACAAGAGAAGUCAGUACUCCUUUGUGGCAACCAAAAUACCUAUUAAUUUAAGUUUCCCAAGCAAAAAGUAAUCUAACUCAAAAUAAUACCAUCUUGUUGGAAUUCAAAUUCCAAAACAAAGAAAGAAUACUAAAAAUCUCUUUUGUUUUUAGGAUCCCUCCUUUUUUCAUGAAAGUACCAGCAGUGGAGAUUGGCUUAUCUUUCCUCUUGGUUUGAGUCACCAAAGAGUUUUGUGUUAUUUUACUUAAUUUUUAGCUUCAAAGAAUGUUCAGUGCAGAUGUCUCCAACGGUCAUUUGAUGUUUGUUUGUUCUUUUGAAUAUAUUCAGGGCACUUCUAGCUAGGACAAAGGAAAUAAGACAGAUAAGGUCCUUGACUUGCUGGAGUUCAUGGAAUUGAUAAAGUUUAUAAUCUAGAAGCAGAUAAUAAACAAGGGAAGAAAUAAGAGGAUCUUAGAUAACAAUAAAUCAUGCUAAUAAUUAAUACAAAGCCAUGGGAUAGAAGGUUCCGGGGUGUGGGAGAGCUACUUUUACCUGCGGUGCUCUGAGAACUCUGCUUGGAAGGGGUGGCUUUCAAGCUGAGACCAGGGUAGGAGAAACCAGCCAUGACCCCCCAGGGAACAUCUGUUCCAGGCAGUGAGGGUAGCAAGUAAAGUGACUUGCCAAGUAGAACCUCUGAUCACACAAAGCAGCUCUCAGGGAAGACAGGUGUACCCACGUCUCACUUCUGGGAAGUACCUGGCUGCUCUGCGACCUCAGACCCUCGUAUUCCGAAUCUAGUACCUUUUCCACUCUGUCACAUUGCCAUGGUCAUAUUGCCUUAUCUAAAAAAUAUAUACGUAAUUACAACCACAAAUACUUAUUGGGAUAGCCCAAAACCCACAUAAGCCCAUCUACUUGAAAGAAAUCUUGGUCCAAAUCUCUCUUGCAAAAGAAUUUCAAACAAAUUAUGUAGAUACUCUACUCCAAAAGACGAGGAGCAUAACUGCCAUCAUUAUGUGUGGGCUGUGCAUAGUGACUUUUUUCUAAGAAUACAGUAUGUAGAGAGCACCUUACAGUUAAGAGACCUGACAAAUGCUACUUCCUCCAUAUAAUCAAUAUCAACAUCAAUAGUCAAAAAUCAUGUCGAUGGCAUAUACACUUGAUAUGAGUUGAUGAAAAUAGUACUUUCCUCCCCAAAACCCAUAACCCUAGACUAAUCAUGAGAAAAACAUCAGGCAAAUUCCAGUAGAAGAGCCUACAACAUACCGGAUCAGUAGUACUCAAAACUGUCAAGGUCAGGGGUGCCUGCUCAGUCAGUUAAGCAUCUGCCUUCGGCUCAGGUCAUGAUCCCAGGGUCCUGGGAUCGAGCCCCAGAUUGCAUCAGGCUCCCUGCUCAGCGGGGAGUCUGUUUUCCUUCUCCCUCUGCCCCUCCCCCUCCAUUCCUGCUCUGACUCUCACUUUCUCUCUCAAAUAAAUAAAUAAAAUCUUAAAAAAAAAAAAAACAUUAAGGUCAUCAAAAACAAGGAAAGUGUGAGAAAAUGUCAUAGCCAGAGGGAGCUUAAGGACACAUGACAACUAAUAAAAUGUGGAAUCCUGGAUGUGAUUCUGAAACAGAAAAAGGGUAUCUAAAGAAAUACAAAUAUGAACUUUACUUAAUAAAAAUAUAUCAAUAUUGGUUCAUUAACUGUACCAAAUGUGCCACACUAAUGCAAGACUAAUAAUAACAGUAAUAAUUAGUAAUAAUAGGAGAAACUGUGGGGAGGGAGGGAAACAGUAUACUGGAAGUCUCUGUACUAUCUGAUCAAUUUUUCUGUAUAUCAAACUUUUAAAAAAUCAUGUAUUAACUUAAAGAAUCUCAGUCAAAACAAAAUUAGAAGGAAAGAUGCCCCUAGUUAAAUUUCACCACUGUUGUAGUGACAUCUCCUUCCUAGUGACACAUGAAAAAUAAGAUGUAGCCAUCUUGCAAACUAGCAGGAAAAAGAAAUGCUCAUAAAGAAGGUCAAACUGAUAAAUCCCAUUUUUAGAGAAAUUGCAAACAUCCUCAGUCUUGGGCCUAAACUUACCUUCUCAGUUCUGUGGUAGAUUUUGAUACUUUCUAAAAACGUGCAUUACUCAUAAAAGCAGAGGGUAUAUGGGUUCCUUUUAAUACCCAACUCUGCAAUAUAACAUAUAAUAUGGUCUAUCAGCUAACCUUCAAUAAAAACAUCAACUAUUUAUAGAAUGGUCCCAGUCUCUCAAGCUGUUCUCAAAGAGGUCAAUUUCCUCUAGAUGCUACUAAGACUUCUCUCAAUGAGCAUUCCUUGACUUAUAUAACAUAGGCAUAAUAUGGAAAAUGCUGUUUUUAAAUAGAGAGAGGAUAGAUGAUAGAUUAGAUAGAUGAAACAUAAGUGAUAUCCAACAACUUGAAAUCGGGCAUGGCCAUGAUUUCUUGCCAUUAUGUCACACACAGAAAAAGGCUAAAAAAGCCUGGAUAUUAAUUUUUUUUAUCAAAUAUCAAUCUCAAAAUAAAAAAAAGGAGGGGGAAGCCCCUGUUCAUAUCCUGAUGAAAUUUUAUAUGAAUGUAUUGUCAAUACAUGACCUUUCUAAAACCAAGUUUUAAAUUCAACCAGAAUAAAAGUGCUCAUCUUCCGACCCUAGACAGAAGUUAAUCCUACAGUGAUCAACAAAAUGUUUCUGCCUUUUAUUUCCUUAUCUUUUUCUGCAUAAUAACUGAUACUAUUAUUUUUCAUGAACCUUAUCCAUUCCCCUUUUCAGUUGUUACUGGGUUUCAUGGGUUAGGAUAUAGUUAACGUUUGUGCUGAAAUUCAAAAUGAAACAAUAAGAAGUGUUGUCACUCUACCUUGCCAGAUCCAGAACUUGUUGCAUCUGCUUAAGAAAUGUAACUGAGUUUGUUUCUCAGAGUCAAAAACUAAUGAUGUAUUGUAUAGUGACUAACAUAACAUAAUAAAAUAAAAUUUAAGAAAAUUAAAAA